AUGGGCACCCAGGGAAAAGUGAUCAGAUGCAAAGCUGCUGUGCUCUGGAAGCCUGGAGCCCCACUUGCCAUUGAGGAGAUAGAAGUGGCCCCACCAAAAGCAAAAGAAGUUCGAAUAAAGAUUGUAGCCACAGGAUUCUGUGGUACCGAUAUAAAAAGUAUGGACACAAAAGGCUUUUCUCAGUUUUGCCCCAUCAUUAUGGGUCAUGAAGGCGCUGGGAUAGUCGAGAGUGUAGGAGAAGAAGUGAGCACGGUAAGAACAGGUGAUAAAGUUAUCAUAUUAUGUAUACCACAGUGUGGAAAAUGUGAUACUUGCCUGAAUUCUAAGAACAAUAUUUGUGCAGAAAUUAGACAGUCAAAGAGACAUCUGGCAUCUGAAGACACCAGCAGAAUUACCUGCAAGGGAAAGUUAAUCCAUCAAUAUAUUGCUACAGGCACCUUGUCUGAAUACACAGUCAUACAGGAGAUCUCAGUUGCCAAGAUUGACCAAGGUGCUCCCCUGGAGAAGGUGUUCGUAAUUGGCUGUGGGUUUGCCACUGGGUAUGGUGCUGCAGUCAACACUGCCAAGGUGACCCCAGGCUCCACCUGUGCCGUGUUUGGCCUCGGAGGUGUCGGUCUGUCUGUCAUCAUUGGCUGUAAAGCAGCAGGAGCAGCCAAGAUCAUUGCUGUGGAUAUCAACAAAGACAAGUUUGCAAAGGCCAGGUCAGUGGGCGCCACUUACUGCGUAGACCCACGGGACUUGGAGACGCCCAUUGAGAAAUUCUUAAUCGAUAUGCUGAAUGGUGGCGCAGACUUCUGCUUUGAGGUCACUGGGAACACGGAAACAGUGGCAACUGCUCUGGGCUCCUGCCACAAGGACCAUGGGGUCUGCGUGAUUGUUGGAUUAGUAGGAUCUUGGAGCAAUAUAACCAUCAAUAGCCAGUUGUUCUUAUCAGGACGUAUUCUGAAAGCAUCUGUUUUGGGAGGCUGGAAAACCAAAGAGGAAUUCCCUAAGCUGGUUUCUGACUAUAUGGCAAAAAAGUUUAACCUAGAUCUUCUGAUCACCCACACCCUGACUCUCAGUGAGGCCAAUGAGGCGGUUCAGCUAAUGAAAAGUGGCCAAUGCAUCCGCUGUGUCCUGCUACCGUAAUUACAAGAUGUACAUAUUUCACCGUGUAUCG